UCCCGGUAGUGGUGGGUUGGGAAACGUAUUUAAGGUUGGGAGGCAGAUGUGCACAUUAGCUCAGCGCGAACGACAGCAGCUGCUGUGCACUGACACAUGCCCUAAUAGUUGUAUUAGACUCAGAGGAUGCGUCCAUUGAUUCUAGCUUUAGCGGUCUGCUUCGUCCUGAAGGAAGUUCAAGGCUGGGGAUACAAGAAUGGGAUACUUCAUAACUCUAUAUGGCUAGAACAAGCUGCUGGAGUCUACCACCGGGAAUCUCGAAAGGGGAGAUAUCAGCUGACAUUCAAGGAGGCCAAGGCUGUGUGCAAGUACGAGGGGGGGAAUCUGGCCACUUACGAACAGCUGGAGGCUGCUCGUCAAAUAGGGUUUCAUGUGUGUUCUGCGGGCUGGUUUGACAAAGGACGAGUGGGCUACCCCAUAGUCAAAGCUGGUGCCAACUGUGGUUUCGGAAAGAUCGGCAUCAUCGACUACGGCUACAGGCUGAACAAGAGCGAGAGAUGGGACGUCUACUGCUACAACCCUGAUGCAAAAGAAUGUGGAGGAGUCCACACAGACCCCAGGAAGGUGCUUAACACGCCUGGGUACCCCGAGGAAUACCAGGACGAGCAGAUCUGCUACUGGCACAUCCGUGUUCAGUAUGGUCAGAGGGUCCGCCUGCACUUCCUGGAUUUCGACAUUGAGGAUGACACCGCCUGUCUCAGCGACUACCUCGAGAUCUAUGACAGCUAUGACGAUGUGUCUGGAUUUGCAGGAAGGUUCUGUGGAGAUGAGUUACCAGAGGACUUCAUUAGCACAGGUAACGUCAUGACACUUAAGUUCAUGUCGGACUCCUCAGUAACAGCCGGGGGCUUCCAGCUUGAGUACAUCGCCAUGGACUCUGACCUCCUCAACGAGACCAUAAUCUGACCACUGUUCUUGUACCUCUUUUUUUAAAGGAAUGCUCUGUGUUUUUUUUUUUUUUUUUAAUUUAUCAUGGUAUUGUUUACUCCCGUAGUGUAACCCAGUCUCCAAAUGAAGGUGGUGCUUAAUAAAUUAGGACUUUUUUACACAAGU